AUCCACAUACAGAGGGCAGCAACAUCCCAUCUAGUCACAACAAAAACAGUAAAAACGGCACCGAAGCCGCUGAAAACUGAAACACAUCCGCUGCUGCUUCUCAUUAACGUUCUCUGCAAAUACGUGACUUCUACCGGGAGCGCGCACUGAGGAAUGGGCCUGCUGUCGGUCUUAAGGAGACUGAAGAACUCUCCUGAGCAGGAGGUUAGAAUCCUCCUGUUGGGUUUGGAUAAUGCAGGCAAGACCACCAUACUGAAGCAGCUGGCGUCAGAGGACAUCAGCCACAUUACACCCACACAGGGCUUCAACAUAAAGAGUGUCCAGUCUCAGGGGUUCAAACUGAACGUCUGGGACAUCGGUGGACAGCGGAAGAUCAGACCUUAUUGGAGGAACUACUUUGAGAACACAGAUCUCCUGAUUUAUGUGAUCGACAGCUCAGACAGAAAACGCUUCGAUGAAACCGCACAGGAGCUGGCAGAGCUGCUCGAUGAGGAGAAACUGAACAUGGUGCCCCUAUUAAUCUUUGCCAACAAGCAGGACAUGAUGACGGCAGCAACAGCGGCAGAGAUUGCAGAGAGCCUGAACCUGCACACCAUACGAGACCGGAUAUGGCAGAUCCAGCCCUGCUCUGCUCUCACUGCAGAAGGAGUCCAGGACGGGAUGGUCUGGCUCUGCAGGAAUAUUCCAACCAGGAAGAAAUGACUGACCAGAGUUUGAGUUUAAUCUUAAUUCAGUGCUGCUACUGUAAAGACCCUUUAUUCUGUGUUGUAACAUAUUUAUCAGCAGGAACACGUUCUCCUGUUUGUAAAACGGCCAAUGACAAGCACCAGCUUGGGUUUUUAUUGAUGGGAUGCUCAAGUACAGUAUUUAUUUGUAGAGAAGCUUUUUUUAUAGCCCAGGUUUUCACGAAUGAUCUCAUCCGGUCACUGAUGAUGACAGUCUCUGUCUGACAAUUUACUGGUGGUUUUUAGUAAUAAACAAGUCUCAUUUAGAACUAUUAGUGCCUCUCUGUGUUUGUCUUGUGAAUCAGUACCUUCUCCGAAUGAAUAUGUUGCACCUGCAGUUCUUCAUGAUGAACACUAGAUGGAAACCUUUCUCUUGCUAUUAUUGUGCUGCAGCUGCACUGAUGGGCAGAAAACCAUUUUCGUUCACACUGGCACAUUAUUACUAUGAUAGAUCUAUUACAGCAAUCAAGCUAAGUUGUGUGUUUUCCACGUGUUAAAGGUAAUAGUGGUCAAUGAAAGUAGUUU